AUGCCCGCAGGCGGCGGCGUGUCGUUCCGCGCGUGGGACGCGCCGGGCGCGGCGCGGCUGCGCGCGCUGUGGGAGCGCCACUACCGCCGCGCAGACGCCAUCAUCUUCGUCGUGGACUCCGCCGACCAUCUGCGUCUAGUGGUGGCGCGCGAGGAGCUGGCGCUGGCGCUGGCGCACCCCGCCGUGCGCGCGCGCCGCCCGCCGUUGCUCGUGCUAGCCAACAAGAGCGACGCGCCGGGCGCGCUCGCCGCGCCGCACGUCGCCGCCGAUAUAAUAAUAAGUGUGUCCAUUAACCGGCCGCCAGCGCUGGGGCUGGAGCGCGUGACGGAGGCGGCGUGGCACGUGGGCGCGUGCAGCGCGCGCGGCGGCACCGGCCUGCGCGACGCGCUGGCCUGGCUGGCCCGCCAGCUGCGCGAACGUCCGCGC